AUGACGCUUCCAUGUGAAUUUUACCGCAAUAUUUGGGGACCAAGUGAUGAAGAAGAUGCUGCACUGCGACGUCGAGCUCGGUCUAGAAAAUCCACUAGCUCUCCUCCUUCGAUCACGUCACGGAGAUAUAAAAAGCGUGUGGCGACAGGUCCUCUAGUGGAUAUUGCACAGGUGGCACAUGUAGUUACGACCAUGUCUGAUUUUCGAGCUGAUUACGGCGAGGAAUCGAAGAAAAUGAGACUUGUGAAUAUUUGGGAUGACGAUAGUCUUGUAUUAGGCUUGAAACGACCAAAUUCUAGCUUGAAUAAGUGGACGGACAAGAAAAUGGGGAGUGAACAGGGUCCUUCCACUGCAGACACUGAACCAGAAGACAUGAUGUCACCACUUCAUAGUCGUGCAGAUAGAAUUACCGAACUUAGCUGUGAAGACAGCGACGGUGAGCUCAGCAGCAUAGGAUCGUCUGUGGUGAAUAGGCUUCGACCAGGGAAGCUUAAGCGAGCAAAUACACCCGAAAUUGUGCGUCCAAGUACUGUGAAGAAUUCUUGCACUCAUGAUAAUGUCAGAAAGGAGCUCUAUUUGGAUAAUGUACCGGUACCUCCUCCGUCUUCGCACAAUGGAAGUGUCAUUUUUAGUGCUGUGUUUUCGGACCAACGGGACUGGAGUUGGAGUGCAAAAUUCCUACUAGGAAUCCAUGAGCCAAUUCGUCAUGCAUUAUUUGUAAUGGAUCGCUUUUUGGAACAGUCUCAGAGUCAGUCCAAACCUGAAGCUUCGAACACAUUGGCAUUGGAGACACACGUUGCUGAAUUUUUUGUCUGGUUUAAGACGUACUUUGUCGAGUAUUUGCAGUGUCAGCACGAAGUAAAGGCUUCUGUGUUGUUGCCUCUACUCAAUUUGCCGGCUUCUACGAAGCAACAAGUGCUGGAUGUGUACCAGGAUAUCUCACAAAUGCUCGUGCAAAUCCAGCAGCUUGAACGUGCGUUGUGUGUUAGCGGAGCAUGCAAUGCAUCAUCAUGGCUUUUGCGGCUCCAGGUGUUGCAAACAGAGAUCAGGCAACUCAAUCGCACGCUGCAUGCGGCAUUAAAUAUGGAGGAGACAACUUUGCACUCAGCAAUGGGCGCGGCAUUCACUGAACGCGCAUUCCAUAGUCACAUUAUGCCUCGUGUGUUCCGCGCUAUCCGGGCCAAACGUGUUGUGGUUCCAUGGAUUGUUGAACGCAGCAAAAUCUGGGGAGGCGAAACUGAGCAGCUCAGUAUUCAGGGAAUGUUGCCCUUCUCAGCAAAGUUCAUGUACCGCAAGAUUUGGCGACCAUAUUUUAUGAGCAAUGUUGCUGUAGCGAUGAAAAAUUUGAACGAGUUUGUCGGCUCUUCAGGUUUGAACAGUAAUACCAGCAGCACGUCGACUUACAGCGAACGUCAUGGGGAGAUGUGUUCGAUCAUGUGA